CGAGGUAUACACGGGGGUAGGAGAGAGAAAGGGAUUUUUAAGUAUGAAAAUGUAGAGAGAGAAAGAGAGAAUACAUAAAUAACCAUAAAUAUAUACAUCAUUUCAAUUUUGAGCUGGAAAGGUUGCUUCUUUGUCCUCACACCCUUCCUUCCUUAAGACAUUACCCAACCAAACCAAACCAAACAAAACCAAACCCACUUCGCCACCGUCACCGUUACCUUAGCAACCCACACGACACAAACACCCAAAAUCUUUCAAUUUUUUCUUCUUUUCCUGUUUUACCCUUUCCUUCCUCUUCUUUUUACUCUUCCUACCCUUCUUCAAUGGCGUUCUCGUCUUCUUCUCCUCCAUCCAUGGCUGCUUCCUUUCUUCUUCUCCUUUCCGUGAUUCUGCUUCAAUCCGCGUCUGGCUCUUCCCUCUCGUGCCUUCCCCAUCCUCCUUCGUUUCUAUUCAAUCUUCAAUCUCAGUGCCCAAUCUCGAUCCCGUCGAAUCCACCUCUUCAGGUCGAUGGAAAUUUCAUAGAAGGAGUUCUGUCUGGCAGAAAGCGGAUAGAGUAUAUUUCUAUACUCUUCUAUGCUUCCUGGUGCCCAUUUUCACAUAAAAUGCUUCCUAAAUUUGAAGUUCUUAGUUCCAUGUUUCCUCAAGUAGAACAUUUGGUUCUUGAGCAAUCAUCAGCUUUGCCAAGCUUGUAUUCAAAAUAUGGAAUUCAUAGCUUGCCUACAAUAUUACUGGUGAACCAGACAUCAAGGUUGAGAUAUCAUGGUCCAAACAAUCUUCUCUCCCUUUCGGAAUUUUUUGAGAAAAACACAGGGUUUGAAGUUAGUAGUAAUAUUGCUGUUGGUCAACUAAGCAGCUUGAUGAGUGAUGAAAAUUCAAUCUCAAACCCGUUGAUGGCUUUGUCUCUGAAGGAAACAAUGAACAGAGAACCCUACUUAUUACUCUCUGUGUUGUUUCUAUGUUUGAGAUUACUUCUUUUUGUAUUCCCCAAGAUUUUAUCACGUAUCCGAGCAUUCUGGGUUUCUUGCAUUCCCCAGCUGAACAUGCAAAUAUUCGGUGAGACAAGCCAAGUGAUGGGACGUGUGCUUCAGGUAAUUGAUGUCAGGAGGAUUUGGACCAAACUAAGACUAUGUAAGACCAGGAAUUUUCACGAGAGGGCAAGGAGUGCCCGUGUUUGGGCUUCGUCUCUGGCUUCUGUGUCUCUGGGUGAGUCAUCAUCAGCUAGGUCGUCAACCCAAGGUUUGAACUGACAACUUUAUUAUGUACUUUUGAGGGUAGUUAAGAGUUUUCUUUUUAUCAGUUAAUAUAUCCUCAAGCUGCAGUGAGUGAAGCUUGGCAGCACAGUCUUCUCUCUUGCUAAUUUUGUUGUUACUUGUUAGUACUAAUAGUCAAAUGUUGAUUUAUGUCUUAAUCUGGGUUUAAGGAGAAAGCGAACAGGCAUGUAAAUUUGAGAACUGUUUCCUUUCGUGUAAAUUAGUUGUUUCUGAAUGAAAUCAUACACACAUUACUGUGAUAUAAGCAUCCUUCCCAGCCACCCCCUCCCCACGACACACACAGGCUACAAGUAAAGCAAUCUGGAGUGUAACUGAUAUAUUACUAUUUUCCAAGUCUGAAAAAAUGUACACGGAUUCCGCCAUUAUCUAGUUGUCUAAACUAAAGUACGGCUGAGUGU